UGCCCUCGGUGGAUCAGGCUUACGGGAAGCCGUCGUUGGGAGCCACUAUGAAGGACCGGCUGACUGAGCUAGUGGAGCUGUCCCGCCAGUAUGACCAACAGUACCCCGACUCCGAUGACAACACCGACUCAGACCGAGAGGACAUUGUGUUCGAGACGGAUCACCUCCUGAAAUCUAUGUACGGAGACAUCCAGGCCAUUCAGAGUGAGAAUGACUUGCUGAUGGUGGACGUCCGGCGUCUGGGCAAGCAGAACACCCGCUUCCUCACCUCCAUGCGGCGCCUCAGCAGCAUCAAGCGGGACACCAAUUCCAUCGCCAAGGACAUCAAGGUGAGGGGAGAGGGCAUCCACAAGAAGCUGCAGAGCAUGAAAACUUUCAUCGUGGCAGCAGCCGAGAAGCACGGGGAGAAUUCCACCACGGCCCGGAUCUCUAAGGCCCACUACAACGUCCUCUUCCAGGGCUUCCAGAAAGUCAUGCAUGAGUAUAACCAGGCAGAGAUGAACCAGCGGGAAAAUUGCAAGAUCCGGAUUCAGCGGCAGCUGGAGAUCAUGGGGAAGGACGUCUCUGGGGACCAGAUCGAAGACAUGUUUGAGCAAGGCAAGUGGGACGUCUUCUCGGAGAACCUCCUGGCGGACGUGAAGGGAGCUCGGUCGGCCCUGAAUGAGAUCGAGUCACGGCACAAGGAGCUGCAGAAGUUGGAGAGCCGCAUCCAGGAGGUGCACGACCUCUUCCUGCAGAUGGCCAUCGUGGUGGAGGAACAGGGCGAUACCCUGAAUGUCAUCGAGCUCAACUUGGAGAAGACCCAGGACUUUGUGGGAGAGGCGAAAGCUCAGGUGAAGAGAGCAGUGGAGUACAAGAAGAAGAAUCCCUGCCGGACGAUUUGCUGUUUCUGCUGUCCCUGCGUCAAUUAACAGGGAGGUGCUUCUUCCUCUGUGGUUGCCAACACAGACUGAUCACGUUGAACAUGGCUAAGGAACUAAACUUGGAGAAUUUGGUUCUUAUAAAAGUGGAAUCGAGGCAUCCUAUCCCUUCUGGCAAGUGUUGUGCCAAAGUAUUUUCUUAAAUCAAAAGCAUUCCUAAUGAGUUCAGAGAUGACAAGGGUCAAGGCUCAUGUGUUUAUGAUACCCACCACACUCUUGCCUACUUCGCUGUCAAGAGAAUAGACCAGGGAAUGACCUCUUCUUCCCUGGAAAAUGAAAGCUAAUCCCACUGCCCCAAUGAGCCUUCAGUUUGAGGGCUGCUGAGAUGAUGUCUUCAGAGUGAUUUGGCUUCACUGCUCACAUAGUGAACUGAGAAUUGAAGCUACUCAUCCGAACAAGCCUGAAAGCCUUCUGGACUCUUGAAGCAGAAUCUGACAGGGAAUAAAAAUUGCCUUUAAGUGGACUUAUUCUCUCUCUUGCUCUCUCUCUCUCUGCCUGCUAGGCAGGCUUUCCUCAGGUUUCUCCCUUGAUUGUGACUUUCUCUCAUCAUCAUCCUUAUUACCAGGUCAAACACUCAUUUAAAGUGGAUCCUUUUCUGUUUUAUCGUGCUCCACAGAGCAUUGCAGACAUUUUUGGGACACUUUCCAGAAAUUUUUAAAGCACUGAGGACUGAAUAGGUGCAAGCACUUGAGAGAUUAGGGCACCUAUUAAUCAUUUGUCAGCAUGUUCAAAAUAAUUUAAAGUUCACAUUGUAAUGUCUAUUUUAUGUGUAAGUGCUGAAUGUAUUUGUAUGUACAAGUGUGGAACAAUUAAUACUAACAAUAUUUACUAUUUUGUAUAUAAAGACCAAGAUAAUUCUCUUUCUCUACACCUGUAACCAUAACUGAAGGGUAACACCAGUGUUUUAAGAAAAUCAAGUACUUCAGUUCUUAAACCCUUGGGGAUUGUUUUUUUCCCCCAGGAGGAUGAGUUCUUUCAUUCUCAAGGAUCUUAAUGGGCAGUUAUUAAGCACAUACUUUGUUCCUGGUGUAGAAUGCAUAUUUCUUCACCUAGACUGUAACUUAUUAAUACUGUUGCUAUUAAAAGAGGCAGUUCUCUCC